UUCUGCAAGGAAGAGACGAAAAUGAGGAAACGAGGAAGGGGGAAAAAAAAAAAAAAGAGUUGGUAGGAGAAACGACAACAGGGUAGGACGUGAGUGUGGUUGGUGGCAUAUUGGGUUGGUGAACGCCUAACUCCCAUGAACCCCACCGUUGCCACCCACCUCCUCUUCCCCUUUCCCAUAAACAGUCAUUGUAGUUACAUAGACAACCUCCAUUGCCACCAAGCCCCCUUCUCCUCACAAACAACCAGGUGUAGAGAGAGAGAGAGAGAGAGAGAGAGAGAGAGAGAGAGCCCAAUGGCGCAAAUUAGCAAACUCCCAAGUGGAAUCCACUGCAGCCACUACAACCCAAGUGGUCCCAAUCCCCACAAUCAAAAACCUCAUCUGGGUUCCGUACUAUUUGGAUCAAAGCUAAAAGGUUCAGCGAGUUCUUGGUGCUUGAGCCAUGAAAGGGUCCCUAACCGCUCAGCUACCACAGCUAGGGUUCCGCUUAGGGUUUCAGCUUCGGUUGCUACCGCCGAGAAGCCGUCAAUGGCGCCGGAGGAGAUCGUGUUGCAACCCAUCAGAGAGAUCUCCGGCACCGUCAAAUUGCCCGGCUCCAAGUCUCUCUCGAAUCGGAUUCUCCUUCUUGCUGCCCUUUCUGAGAGAGCCACUGUUGUGGACAACCUGUUGAACAGUGAUGAUGUCCAUUACAUGCUUGGUGCUUUGAGAACUCUUGGGCUACAAGUGGAAGAAGAUAGUGCACUCAAACGAGCCGUUGUAGAGGGUUGUGGCGGUCUAUUCCCUGUGGGCAAAGAAUCAAGGGAGGAAAUUCAACUUUUCCUGGGUAAUGCAGGAACAGCAAUGCGUCCAUUGACAGCUGCCGUUACUGCUGCUGGUGGAAACUCAAGCUACAUUCUUGAUGGGGUUCCCCGAAUGCGAGAGAGACCAAUUGGUGACUUGGUCGCCGGUCUUAAGCAGCUUGGUGCAGAUGUUGAUUGUUUUCUUGGUACAAACUGCCCUCCUGUUCGUGUAGGUGGAAAAGGAGGUCUUCCCGGGGGAAAGGUGAAGCUCUCUGGCUCAAUCAGUAGUCAAUACCUGACUGCUUUGCUCAUGGGAGCUCCAUUGGCCCUAGGAGAUGUGGAGAUUGAGAUUAUUGAUAAACUUAUUUCAAUACCUUAUGUUGAGAUGACUUUGAAGCUGAUGGAACGGUUUGGAGUUUCUGUAGAGCACACUGAUAACUGGGAUAGAUUCCUGGUCCGAGGAGGUCAAAAGUACAAGUCUCCUGGAAAUGCUUAUGUCGAAGGUGAUGCUUCAAGUGCUAGUUACUUUCUAGCUGGUGCAGCUGUCACUGGUGGGACUAUCACUGUUGAAGGAUGUGGCACAAGCAGUUUACAAGGGGAUGUUAAAUUUGCUGAAGUUCUUGAGAAAAUGGGUGCAAAAGUUACUUGGACGGAGAACAGCGUGACCGUCACGGGCCCACCUAGGGGUUCUUUGGGGAGGAAACAUUUGCGUUCAGUUGAUGUUAAUAUGAACAAGAUGCCAGAUGUUGCCAUGACCCUUGCUGUUGUUGCUCUUUUUGCCGAAGGUUCAACUACCAUAAGAGACGUGGCUAGCUGGAGAGUGAAGGAAACCGAACGGAUGAUAGCUAUUUGCACAGAGCUCAGAAAGUUGGGAGCAACAGUUGAGGAAGGGCCAGAUUACUGCGUGAUCACCCCACCAGAGAAGUUGAACGUAACAGCGAUCGAUACAUACGAUGACCACAGAAUGGCCAUGGCAUUUUCUCUUGCUGCCUGUUCCGAUGUUCCAGUUACCAUAAAGGAUCCCGGUUGCACUCGCAAAACUUUCCCCGACUACUUUGAAGUCCUCCACAGGUUCACAAAGCAUUGAAUAAACAUAAUAUAUUCAAGCAAGCGAAGAAAAUGAGAAGCAUAUGUAAGAGAGACGAAUGUAAGAUUUCUAUUUCCUUCCGAUUUGCCUUGUAAUUGUUCAGAAUGUAUGUGGCCAAUAAUGUGCGAUUGUUCUUAGGGGAUUCUUACCAAUUAGAGAACGUAUUGUAUUGUGUAGAGAUACAGAGUCCCGGAAAAACGAGUGCAAUGAAGCUGGUUUUGACCCA